UCUCUCUCGUCCUGCUCUCCCCUGCUUUCCAGCCUCCUUGUUUGCGUCUACACUUUCCUGCUUGCUUCCCUUCGUUUAUCCGAUAUCCGAAAUGCCGCCCAUGUCGUUCAUUGGCCUGGUGACGAAGGUCGGGUACAUGAGCAAGACCGCGACUGUCACCGUUUCCCGUUUCAUCACACACGCAAAGACUGGCAAGCGACUGGAACGGAGCAAGAAGUACCUUACGCAUGACGAGACAAGCCAGCUCCGAUUAAACGACACCGUCCUCAUCCGCAAUUGCCCUCCUAUCUCUGCCCGGAAACGGUUCACGCUUGAGAAAGUGCUCAAGUCGCCCGAGCGCGCACGCGAGGAGCUUCACGCCCGCCAGGCGGCUGAGGCUGCGGUGCGGUUACAAACGGAACCCAAUGCUACUGCCACAGCAUAAUACACACGGUAUAUCACGUUGGGUUCCGGAUUUCGUACGAUUGACUUAAUAUUCGCUAUGCGGUAAACGACAACGGGCAGGGAGGACGCAGGAUAGGGAAGGGGCAGAGAGGGGGAUGGCGGCGCUGUAUCAUGUUGCAGUGGUUGGCUGUUGUUGGAGGGCGGCCUGGAUCUCGACGAGCUGGGAAAUGCGGACGUUUAGCUGGGAGAUUGCGUGAAAGGAAACGGGACGACGGGACGUACCUCCAAUUUCUUCUUCUCUGACUUUUCGCCCAAGUCCUCCAACUGCCCCUCCACUCGCUUGCUGUGUAGUCGCAUUCGUAUCAAUACUGCGAAUGGUCCUAGAGGGGGCAACACGACGUACAUCUCAC